GUCAAGUUUUCAGUUACCCAGAUGGUUUUUUGGCCCCUGACCUGGCCCUGCUGCUCAUCAUGGGCAUGCUGGAGGCGCUGCGGUCGUACCUGGGCUCCCAGGGGAACCUGAGAGAGGAGGAGGCCCCGCUGGGGCUCAGCCUGGCGCUGACGCUGGGCAGCGUGGGGGUGUCUGUGCACUUCCUGCUGUGGCAGAGCUACGUGCUGAGGGCAGAGGUGAUCCUCAACGCCCUGCUCCUCACUGCCUACGGCCUGGAGUCUGCCCUGAAGGUCAUGGCCAUUGCUGCUGCUCUCAGCUAA